AUGACGACCUUGAAUGGCACGGCGAAUGGAACGACCGUGGAAACGAUCCAAGCAGGCAAUGUCACGGUCAAGUUUGUCGUGGAUUCAAAUCCCGACCAGGCCGUGAUGGACUCGAUCAUGAUUUACUACACGUUCUUUGCCUUUGCAUUUGUCCUGUUUGAAGUGGUCCAGCGCCGGUUUCCAUCGCAUUUUGCAUGCCGCGCUGUCCAUGCCGACACGUCGUGUCCGACGGCGGCCCAGUCGUACGGCGUCUUUGGAUGGAUCCCGGCCGUGUGGCAAGUGUCCGACGACGAGAUCAUCCAGCACUGCGGACUGGACGCCCUCUGUUUCUUGCGGCUCCUGCGGCUCGGCCGCAACAUCGCGGCGGCAUCCAUGGCCAUUUCGUGCAUCCUCAUCCCAGUGUAUGCCACGGCAUUGAAACCUCCGACCGGCGACACCGCACACGACUGGAUCACGCGCAUGGCCAUGGCCAACAUGAAUGUCGCGAUGGAUCCGCACCGCCUGUGGGCAUCCGCCGUCGCCGGUGUUGUGAUCACGUUUUGGACCAUGUUUCUCUUGGUGCGCGAAUGGAAGGUGUACGUUGUCCGACGGCAUGCGUUCUUGAGCCAAAACACGUUGCAACAGCACACGGUUGUCAUGAACGAUUUACCAUUGCAUCUCUGCACUCGCGACUCGCUCGAGACGUAUCUCGAGGCGCUAUUCCCGGGUCAAGUCCAAUCUGUUCACGUCGCACUGGAAUGCAAAGACCUUGAAGCCAAGAUUGCCAAGCGCCUGGACACACUGAACCUUCUGGAACGGGCGCUCGUUGUCGACUUAAAAUGCCGCGAAAACCCGUACCACCGGCGUAAUAAGGUGAAAACCGCGACGGGCAACGUCGUGGACGCGAUUCCGCAUUUCACAGCCGACUUGGCGCGACUCAAUUACGAGAUUCGCCGCGACAUUGACGCGCUGCAUGCCAAAGAAGACGCGCCACGCGACAGCGACGUCGACGUGACCGCUCCCGAUGACAUCAAACACGCCAAAGUCUUUCGUCCCACCGCCCUUGUGACAUUUCGAUCGCAUCAAGCGACCCAAUGUGCACUGCAAAUGCUCCAAACUAGCAACCCCGCAGAGUUUAGCAUCAUUCCGGCGCCUCAUCCGUCCGACAUGAUUUGGGCAAACCUCGGCCAGAACCUGCACGUGCGCAACUCGAAGCAGCUCGUGUGUACUUUAGUCACGGUCGUCGUGAUCGUGAUGUGGUCGACGCUGACGCUGACGAUGACGUCGCUGGCCAACGUCGAGAAUUGGCGGAAAGACUGGGAUUGGAUCAAUGAGUUGCUGACAGACUACCCGAGCCUCGUCCCGAUCUUCAAGCAAUUAUCGCCGCUCGGGUUGGUCUUGCUCAGCAUCGUGGCGCCGUAUGUGUUUUCGUUCAUAAGUUACUUCGAAGGCCAUGCGUCGCGGUCUGAAACCGAGUCGGCCGUGUUCACCAAGCUUCUCGUGUUUCAGUUCUACCAAACGUUUGUGGUGACGUUGUUUGGGGCGUCCCUGGCGGACUCUUUGCCGGAGAUGGUCGAGAAGCCUGUCCUUGUCGUGUACAUUUUGUCCCAGGCCGUGCCGAAGCAAGCGAGUUUGUACAUGAGCUACCUCAUUAUCCAGACGGGUCUAUCCCUUAUCGUCAAGCUGUAUCGGAUGGUCGCGAUCACGUGCGGCUGGGUUUACAAACUGUGCGCGCCCAAGCUGACGCCACGCGAGCGCCGAUCGCCCUGGCUGGGCCUCACGCCGUCGUACGUGGCCGAAGUGUGCGAUCAAAGCUACCAGUUACCCAACUUUUUUCUCGGGAUCUUGCUUGUUUUGGUCUUCUGUCCCAUCACGCCGCUCCUGAGUUGGUUUGGUGGCGUCUUCUUUGUUGCGGCCGACAUUGUUUACCGCCGCCUGUUCCUGUUCGUCUUUUCGCCCGCGCCGUUCACGACCGGUGUGUACUGGCCGAAAAUGUACAUGUUUAUCGUGCGUGCCAUGUACGUGGCCCAGAUCGUGCUGAUUGGGAUGUUGUGGCUACGCGUCAAGGUCGCCAACGAUGCCAACGUACCGCUGAACCCCGAAAACAUUGUCGUCCCGGCCGCUGUUCAAAACACGUACUGGUACGCGAUGAUGCCGACGCUCGUGGCCACUGCACUGCCCGUCAUUACAUGGAUCAUGGACGUGCACAUCCAAGCGCUGUACCCUCGUGGCGCCAUGUUUUUGCCGCUCGUCGACUGUGUGCGCCUAGAUGCUGACGUGGCGCCAACCCACCCACGACGAAGCCAAGAAAGUGUCCUCACGACGUCCACCGAGGCCAAACAUGGUCGUCGCACCUUGUUCAGUGACGACAUUGCGUACCUCCAGCCAGCCCUGCUCGAGUCGGAUCCGUUGGAGCCCGACAUCGAUGAGUCCAAAGUCGGGUUCAUUGGGGCAGGCGAUUAUGUCGAGCUCAAGGACGUGGAUGCGUAACGAAUGGUCGGUGCGGGCUUUCGUUGUGACAAGGUCGAGUUGUUGUUGAACUGCAUGUAACUCGACGUUAAGCUGCUUUCAACGAAUGCACUUCUUUCCUC